GCCAGCAACAAGUUAUUAUCACAGACAUGGGCUAAGGAGCCAGAGGCCGCCCGGGGUCUGUGAGUUGAACUUGAGGCUGCAGGACAAGGGUCAUCAUGGGGACAGCCAGCCUGGGUUCCCUCUGGGCCGUACUCCUCCUGCUGCUGCUUCCUCUUGUGUUUGGGGUCCCCACAGAGGAGCCCACCUUUGGGGGAUCCGUGGCCUCCAAAGGCUGUCAGCGAUGCUGUGACCCGGAGGACCCGCUGUCCCCUGCUGACACCGUCCGUGCCUCUGCUUUGCCUCCCUUCCCCUAUGUCAUGCCUGAGGUCAGGCCCUACAUCAACAUUACCAUCCUGAAGGGUGACAAAGGAGCCAGAGGCCCUUCGGGAGCACCAGGGAAGCCAGGCAAGAACGGUACCCGAGGUGACCGUGGCGCUCAGGGUGUCAAGGGUGACAAGGGGCAGGCAGGUAGCCCUGGCAGCCCAUGCCAGGAACACUACUCGGCCUUCUCGGUGGGCCGGAAGACAGCCUUGCACAGCAGCGAGGACUUCCUCCCACUGCGCUUCGACAGGGUCUUCGUGAACACGGACGGCCACUUCGACAUGGCCACCGGCCGCUUCGUGGCCCCCCUGCGCGGCGUCUACUUCUUCAGCCUCAACGUGCACAGCUGGAAUUACAAGGAGACCUACGUGCACAUAGUCCACAACGACCAGCCCGCCGUGAUCCUGUACACGCAGCCCAGCGAGCGCAGCAUCAUGCAGAGCCAGAGCGUGAUGCUCCCGCUGGUGCCUGGCGACCGAGUGUGGGUGCGGCUGUUCAAGCGGGAGCGGGAGAACGCCAUCUACAGCGAUGACGUGGACACCUACAUCACCUUCAGCGGCCACCUCAUCAAGGCAGAGGACAGCUGAGCUUCCCUGGCCACCUGCACAGCUGGCCAGCUUGGAGAGGCUUGCUGGAUAGGGCGAGGCCCGGGGCUGAUGCUCUUCAUUGCUUGGCUUCCUCCUGAUCUGCAGUCUGUCUCCGUCCCCUCCUCUCUUUGCUUCAUUUCCAGGGGCUUUGGGGCUUAGGUCUUCCAGAGCUUUGCCAGCCUUUAGAGUGGCUGUCCUCGCCCACUGUCCUGGGUGCUGUCCAUCCCUGGGGACUUUAUUCUCUGAUAGACUCUGGCUUGCCAUUUUGGGCGGGCCCAAGAGUCUGCGUUUCUAGCUGUUUCCUCAGUAAUGUUGAUGCUACUUGGUCGAUGGAUCAUGCUUGAGGAAUUGUGCUCUCUGGAAUGUUCCCAGUAUUCUAGGGACUUCUCAAACAUUCUGGAAUCACCCUCCACCCUCCAAACUCAAGUAUUCUUCCCGUAUCCUCAGGUUUUCUCCUCGCCCUGGGCUUCCCCUCACCUCUGCCCUUUUCCCUCCCUGCUUUUUCCAGCUCCUGUUCACUUCUGCAUUCAUCAAAAUGCUGAAUGCUCACUUUGUCCCAGGCCUUAGAAAAGCCCAGAAUCGGGACAAAGACUUGAGCAUGUCCUGGGUGCUCCCCUAGACUGGGUUUUUAGGCACUGUGGGCCCUUCUUCACUGCUUCCAUGGUGGCACAGGUCCUGGCGGUGGGGAUGAUGUACCUUCUUCAUUCUCCUCCUUCUUCCCCAGUGCCCAGCAUUAAAGCAAACAUAGGUAUAGUCUUGGCUGGGAGGAGACCCAGGCAUUUGAAAACACCUGGGAUGACCAAAGAGUGCCUCGCUGACCUUUGACUCCUCCUGCCCUCGUUCUUUCCCCCGUUCCCCAGGACUUUAGCCAUGGUCAGGCCAUGAACUAGGUGCUCUCUGGCCCUCCUAGCCCUCAAAGGCCCAGGGUCACACUGGGCUUAUGAAGGUGCUACCCCCUCCCAUCUCCCGCCCCUACCCCCAACAUGGCGGCUCCCAUUUCAGAGCUUCUGUCGCCUGUAUUGCUCUUGCAGACUUUAUGGGCAAGUCAGGCAGGACAGAGGUGGCAGGUUUCAGCCCAAAGCAGGUCUGGGGACUGAAGCCAGUGACAUUCAGGUUAACCCGGGGUGGGGGGGCUCUCUGAGCCAUGCUGCCAAGACAGGCCCUGGGGGAGGUUGUGGAAAAGCAGGGACACUGAGACCCCCCACCCCCCACGCCUUUCCCAGGUGUGUGGCCUGAUGACCCUCUAACCUUUCCCUCUUCCGCUGGAGGCUGCCCGAGCUUCUCAGGGGAAGGCGGCCUCCGUCCAUUGGUGCUUCUGCAGAACCAGGGCAGGCCUGGCCCUGGGAGGGCAUCUCUGGUGCUUACAGCCAAGGGAGCCAUGGCAGGGUGACAGAGGCAAGGCCCACCAUGUGCUGUGAAGGCUGGUUCUCUAAAACCACCCUCAGCCCGACUGCCCUUGCCUGCUUGGCCAGUGUGAAUAAAAGAUA